AUGGCGUCAUCCGAUUCCAAGCAAUAUGACCGGCUCUACAUCGCCAUGGUUUUACCACUCCACGCAGAUGAGUCGAUUGAUGAACAAGGCCUUCGGAAUCUCAUCAGAUACUUUCUGGAGAAGCAAAAGAGCACACCUCGGCUGGCUCUCAUCGUCAACCCAGAAGCUGGGGAAGUAUUCUACAUGACUCCAGAAGAGCAACUUUUGGUUAUGAAGAUAACUUUGGAAGAAGUUAAAGGAGCUUUGCCAGUGUAUACCGGCAUCUUUGCCAACACGACAAAGGGACUUGUCGAGAUGGCCCGGAAAGCUUCCGAUCUCAAAGUCGAUGGUCUCUUCCUGAUGCCCCCAAUCGGUGCCAUGGACAUCACCACAUCUUGGGAUCCUGUUCGGUACCCGGAAGUUUUUGCCGAUAGCAGCAUUGGUGCUGUCACAAAGGCCGUUCCUCACCUGCCAAUUCUCAUUCACCCCACUGCUGCUCCAACGGCUGCCUACGGCGUUGGUCUACCAGUCGAAGCAACGAUGGCGAUCUUGGAGAAGUAUCCUCAAGUCGUUGGUUGGAAGAUGGUGUACAACUAUGAAGGCAACCGGAAGAUCAGCCGGAGCAUCCGAUCGCUCGACCGCCAUGUCGCCAUCCUAGGAGCAACGGCAGUCCUCUUCCACGAAAACCUUGCCAUGGGUCAUUUUGACGGCACCGUCACCGGGUCCUUCAAUUAUGCUCUUGAGCCGAUGGUAAAGCACAUUGCCGCAUGGGAAAGGGGGGGAUAUUGA